UUCAGCCUUCUCCUCUGGGAUUUCCCGCGGGGAGUGAUGAACUCCAUCGACCCUCAGGCCCAUCACCAGCACCAGCACCAGCACCACACCUCCCCGACCGGCGGCUCCCUCCCACCCAAAGGCCCGCAGGAGGCCCCGGACAUGGCCGCUGUGUACUGCGACAACUUCAGCAGCAUGUACCACCAGCAGAGCCUGCAGGGCGCGCAGAGACCCGCCGGCUACGGCCUCGGGGAUUACGCGUCGUCCCCGAACCCGUACCUGUGGCUCAACGGGCCGGGGGUCAACUCCUCCGCGUCCUACCUGCACGGGAACAACCCGGCCUCCUUCAUCCCGCCCUCCUACGGCUCGCAGCGGCAGUUCAUCGCCAACUCACCUGGCUUCGGCGGGCCCGACCUGGGCUGGCUGUCCAUCGCCAGCCAGGAGGAGCUGCUGAAGCUGGUGCGCCCGCCCUACUCCUACUCCGCGCUCAUCGCCAUGGCCAUCCAGAACGCGCACGAGAAGAAGCUGACCCUGAGCCAGAUCUACCAGUACGUGGCCGACAACUUCCCCUUCUACAAGAAGAGCAAAGCCGGCUGGCAGAACUCCAUCCGCCACAACCUGUCCCUGAACGACUGCUUCAAGAAGGUGCCGAGGGACGAGGACGACCCAGGAAAAGGAAACUACUGGACUCUGGACCCAAACUGUGAAAAGAUGUUUGACAAUGGCAAUUUCCGCAGAAAAAGGAAAAGACGGUCGGACCCCGGCAGCGUUGGAGGGGCGGCGGCAGCAGCGGUGACCGUGGGACCCACUAAGGUUGAGGAUGGCAGGCCGGCGGGGUCGGGCCCCCUGAAGCCCUCAGACAGCCCUCAGCUCCUGGGGCCUUCCUCUCCGGAGAUGGAGGCGAUGAACGAAAACCACAAGAGCUCGUCUUCGUCGUCUCCGCCGGGACCGACCUCGUCCGCUCCUUGUUUCAACAACUUUUACAGCAGCAUGUCCACCCUGAGCUCGGGGGCCCCCGGCCGGCAGGGGUCCCUGGGUCUGGUGAACGAGCUGUCAAACCGGAACAUUACGGCCCUGAGCCCGUACCACCCCAACCACGGCGGACAGGACGGGGGAGUGUCGGAGCACAGCGAGGGCUUGCAUUUCAACCGUGGAGUGUACUACAACACGUUUGGCGGGGGGCAGAGCGGACAGUUCAACGGCCACUUCUACAACAGCUUCAGCGUCAACAGCUUGAUUUACCCGAGGGAAGGGACCGAGCUAUAGGAUAACACUCGCUGAGAGGGACCCAGAGUGCAUGCUGGGUAGUGGCUCCUCGACCAUGACGCUCCAUUCGCUGAUCCGUUCAGAUCAAAGGACAUUAAGAGUUUUACGCUUGAUUUCACUCGACGAGAAGAGUCGAUUGGACAAAUUAGCACUUAUCGUAAUUUUUUUUUUUGUUCUUUCUAUUUCUAUAUCAAAGCUCCCACACUGCUCUUAUUGCUACAAAUGUAUUUUCAAACUAAAACAACCACUGAAGACUUGUUCCAGACGUCACUGUUCAGCACAUUUUCAUAUUUCAAAGCCAAAUCUCAACGCCCGUGUUUCCGUGCAGCAGCUAAAACUCGUCCAGUCGAUUGCUCGUGUUUCAACUUUUUAUUCAUCAUCGACAACACAGAUCUGCCAAAGUUGCCUUUUGAGAGAGAGAGAGAGAGAGAGACCGCCAUUACCUCACAACAACAUCACAUGACAUGAGCGUUGAGGGUUAACCUGCGUAUUUACACAACUUCCGACUGCAGCAAUAAUUGAUUUAAACACAGACGUGAUCCAAAAACAUUGCCUUAUGUUGUAUGUCCUGUACGUUCACUGAAACCAUAGCACUAAGGCUCCUGUAAAUACUUUAUAAAUGUGUAUUUUUGUAAAUUAUAAAGAUAGUUUGUGACUAUUUAUGCUAUUUAUGCUAAUAGGUCUUUUUUUUCUUUUUUUACCUGUUGUCUGAACAUAGUUUGAUUCAAGCAGACGUGAAUGAUAUUAGCUUCCAAAAUGUGCCGAGAACAGUAUCACUGAAACCCAGAUGUCAUAAAUAUUGAUAUAUAUAUUUAUAUAUCAAAAACAAAUAAUAUGCUGUGUCAUGGUUUCUCUCAGGAUUCAAUAUGACAAUCAUUGAAUGGCUUUUGUAACUAUUGUCUCUUUUUUUUAUCUUUAUACAGGACAUACAGCUUCCAGGCAGUUUCAUAUGUGAUUCUGAAUAAAUAU